AUGCGGCUCUUCCAAGCGAAGACGGCCAAUGUGGCUCAUGCAAAGGCCGAGUGCUCUAAUCGCGGAGUCUGCGAUUACUUUAAGGGAGAAUGCACGUGCUUUAAUGGAUUCACAGGGGCUGCCUGUCAACGACUUCGUUGCCCGUCAGAUUGUUCAGGCCACGGAUUAUGCUAUUCCUCAGCAACGCUAGCAUUACAGUACGGUCCGGACUCGCCGCCCAGUGUUGCUGGUGAUGGUGUUGGACCAGUGUACUCCAAUUGGGAGAAAGACAGCAUGUCAAGUUGUCUGUGCGAUAUGGGCUACACGGGGCCAGAUUGCUCUCAGCUAAUGUGUGCGAAGAACGAUGACCCUCUCACAACAGGCCAAGGGCUCCGAACAAUUCACAUUCAAGUCGGAGCAGACGCAUCAACUAACCUCCCGCUUGUAGGCUCGGUUCGAGUCCGUUUGCUUGGAGAUGCCGCGGAGUUCAGCGCCGUCGCAGUUGCCGAUGCAGCUCAUGAACAGGCGUGCGCACAAGCGUUUCAGAGUAUGCGCACGGUGUUGACGGCAACGUGUACGAUCACAAGUGUGGAUCCAGUUACUGCAGGAGCGAUUUACACGGUGACAUUCAAGGAGUGGGUGCAUCUGGGUGGAGAGAAUAACCUGCUGUAUCACGACGGAAACCCGCCAUUGACGAGCUUUUCCUGUGACCUGACCAAAGUGACAAGCCUCAACUCGCCUACUUGUGCUGUCACUGAUGUCACGGCCACCAACAUUAUCGAGCAUGUGUAUUGCUCCAACCGUGGUCUUUGUGACUUUACUACAGGUCAUUGUGUGUGUUAUGCCGACUUUAAAGGCCUGGACUGUAAUCAACCUUCUAACGUUCCGGAUAGUAUCGAUGAUAACGACGGAUUUAUCAUCAAUCCGUUGGGACUCACGUACACGGGCACCGUUCUGCACUUGAAGACGGCAAAAGGCUCGCAGGCGGACUUCUACUUUAUGAAGAUUAGUUCUUCCACGUUACCGAUUCUUACGAUGAACGGUAUGGGAGAUACGAAGCUUCUGAAUGGAAAUCUCCAGCUCUCGACGGGCUCGUUGACGAUAACUACGAUCGCUCAAACGUCUACAGCCGCGGAUAUUGCGAACACGCACGCUACGUUUACAGGGACCGCGUUGAAGAUCCGAACUAGUAGAGCAUCGAGCAAUGCGUUUAAGCUGCUAGAGGCGAUGACGGGCGACAUAACCACUGUCGUCGAGAUUCGAGGAGACGGUCUCACCACCAUUUACACGGGCGGAUUGUAUGUUGUGACGGGGGGAGGAACGAUCUCGCAUACGUUGGACGGCCCCAGUCUUACCGUCACCAAUUCGUAUAACUUCUUUACCAACUCGCUCCUCAAACUUAGUACGUCACGAGCAAGUCGCUUCCCGACGGCAACUGAUUUCGUGCUGAUCGAGGCUACAGCGAAUAAUGUUCCAGCGUUCACAGUGGAGGCUUCUGGAAGAACUACAAUUGCGGAUGGAGGACUUGUCGUGAAUGGACUGGGAGGAGCGCAGAUUUCGAACUCGGAUCCUGCAGCUUCUGCGCUCAUUGUGAGCGCUACGGGGACCAAUUUCGCUGGCGAUGCUGUGGCGGUGAAGACGUUUUCUAAUGUGGCGCACAAUAUGCUAAAGGUCACAACUAAAGUCGGUAUCAGUCCAGCUAUCGACUUGUUUACCAUCAGUAACUCCGGACUUACGACUAUCACGCAAGGAGGGCUUCAUGUUGUAACAGGAGGGGCUACAAUUGAUACGGGUGGACUGCAUGUAGGGUAUGGAGGCGAGACUAUCGACUUUGGAGGUCUGCGCGUUAAGGAUGGAGGCGGAACUAUUGAGUUGGGAGGGCUGAAUGUGAUUGACGGCGGUGGAAAAAUUGCGUCGAAAUCGGCUGUGUCAGAUAUCCUCGCGAUUGAAGCUACGUCUACUUCAUUCUCCAACAAUGCCAGGGUGCAUUGGCCACUUCCGUGUUCAGGGUGGACGCGACCGGGUUGA